AUGCAAACCUCCCAGAAGGAUGAGGAAAGAGCCUCGAUGAGCAGUUCUGUGGACGAGAUGCAGCUCGAAGAGAAGGCGAACAUUGCAGAAAAGUCCGAGGCGGAGACUGCGUCAGUGCUCGAAGAUGACGAGGACCUCUCUCGACACUCCACUAGAGGCUCCCUAAGAAAGCGGUCGAUGAAAGUCCGUCACAGACUUCAGCAACUCUUCCGUUCGCAGGGCAGUCGCAGCCAUACUGAAAACGACGACUCAAGAGAACCUUCGACGAGGGAAACAAGCGGCAGGUCAAUGAACGACAUGACUUACCACGUUGCAGCCGGUCUGUGUUGGUAUCUGCCGGCCCCGUUCGAUUUGAUGCCACAGGGGUAUCCGACGAGAGUGUUUUAG